AUGGCAGCGAUUGAAGCUGCUUCGCCCGACAGCAAGACCCGCUUUCUUGUUCUAACCGAUACCUACGGACUCGAAAUUCUACCCAGAAACAGUCUUGCACCAAUAUGCAGACCUGGAGGUCACGAUUUCACAUUAUAUAUCCCCUUCUUCAAAAGGAGAGUGGCCGAGGCUCGGCGAACGAUAGACCCGACAUUGUUUCAACCAAUCAUCGGUCGCUAUGGAGAGGCGAGAGACGCAGAAGCUGGGAUCACCUUCGUCGACCAAGCCAUUUGUUCCUUUCAGCCACAAAAUGGAGCGCUUUUGGAGAUAUGCGCUAUUUCAUACACACCAUCGUUUGGUGAUUGGGCGCUUCAGUAUGACCGAUAUGAUGGGUACAAUUAUGCUAUUGACAACGUUCACGAUGUCAUGAUGAUACAUGGAUCACCAAUAGGUGUGAUGGGCUCGAAUCGCAUGGGAAAUUUGAUAGGCUCUCUGCAUCCUUUUGAAGCUGUAUCCCGGGCCCGACCCCGGCUGCAUUGUUAUGGUCACAUACAUGAAGUCUUGGGUGUGAAGUUUAUCAAGUGGCGCCAGGAAAGCGCCACAGAUACUUUUCACACAACUGAUAUGCAUGAACAGAAUUCCAUCCUAAUAGAAAACAUUUCGACUAUCCGAGAGAAAAGGAAACGUGCUUCUGUGGAACUUUCAGCUACAAGGCAUUGCAUCGCGGAUCCUUACCCGUUGAAAUCGGGCUCUCGUACGCUUUUCGUGAACACUGCAACUUCAGGCAUAAGAGACCAUCCAGUACAGCCACCCUGGGUUGUUGAUCUUGAGCUCCCACGAGCCACUCGACAAACCAAUUUCUGGGGUACACAGCAAUCACCUGAUUAUCCUUUCUGCUGUGCUGGCUUCUUGAUACCUGUUCGGGCACAGUGCGAAUUAUAG